AUGGACCUUCUUGAUUUAAAUAAAGUUUCUAGCUUCGAUAUUCUUAGCCUUCUGGUUGCAUCAGAUGAACUACUCUUAGAGGAAUUAUUUCAACAUGUUCAAAGCCAUCUUAUUAAGAAGGAGAGCGCCUGGAUUAAACAAAAUUUUGUUACUAUUUUACACACUAUUUUUCGACUUGUCAGUUGCAAAGAACUUAAGGAUUACUGCCUAGAAUUAAUUUGCGAUAAUCCCAAACCCCUCUUUGACUCCGAAAAUUUUCCAUCUCUUGAUAAGGAUAUUUUCUUACAAUUAAUUAAACGUGACGAACUAAACUUUGAGGAAGUAGAUAUCUGGGAACAUCUUAUUAAAUGGGGAAUUUACCAAACGCCCGGGAUUGAAGAGUUAACAGAUAAGACAAAGCUUUCAGAAAAAAAUUUUAAGGAAUUAAAGAAAACGGUCAAUCCUUUUAUUCCGUAUAUUAGAUUCUAUGAAAUCUCUUCGAAGGACUUCUUUAAUAAGGUUCGACCUUUUCGAAACGUUUUGCCGAGUAUACUCUUUGAAGACGUUAUGUCAUUCUUAAUGGCCAAGACAGAACCGACACAAGAGAGCCUUCCUUCGCGCAUGGGAUCUAUUAUCGACAAUUCAAAAAUCAUAACAAGAAAACAUGCGAAUAUUAUUUCUAAUUGGAUUGAAAAAAAAGAUACUUUUGCGACUAUUAAUAAGCGAUAUCGGUAUUACUUUACUCUCCUUUACCGCGGAACUCGUGAUGGAUUUAAUGCUAACUCAUUUCACCAAAAAGUUAAUGGGCGAGGUCAGGCAAUCGCGGUUAUUAAAGUAAAAGAAUCUGAGGAAAUAAUUGGUGGAUUUAAUGCGAACGGUUGGAGUGGAAAUGGUUCAUAUAACCAAUAUAACACUUAUAACUGGAUUAAUAAUUACGAUAAUUUUAUAUUUUCCUUUGGUAGUCAAAAAAAUUAUAGAAUAGGUCGGUUUAACGGUUCAUAUGGUAUAUAUGAUCAAGCUGGCACCAUGAUAAAUUUCGGAAACAGUGAUUUGUUACUUAAUACUGGCCAAAACGGAUCAUGUAGUCAAAGUUCCUAUGAUAAAUGUAUUUUAGAUACUCGUAGUUUUUUUGCUGAAGAAUUGGAGGUAUUUAGUGUGGUGAAGAAAAAUCGGUAG